UUAGCGCAUAUUCGUCAACAAUCCCACGUGGAUUUUUAGGAUUCUUCCAGUUUCUCCCAAAAGCAGCUGCUGAAGAUAGCACAAUGGCACCAACAAGUUUUGAUUACACCAUCAGCAAACAUUGGGAUGGAACACCGCAGAGUUCAGAAGAUUUCACCAUCAGCAUCAAGCUUGAACCGUUCGGAGAUGGAGAAGCCAGUGGGGUAAAGAUGAGCGUCUCUGCACCAUUCUACAAUAGUCCUCCUAAUCCAGGGGGAGAGGCUGGCGAACCAUUUCCAGAGCUUUGGGAUCAUGAAGUUGUCGAAGCCUUUUUCCUCUCUGAAGAUGGAAAUAAUUACCUCGAAGUGGAAUUGUGUCCCCAUGGCCAACACCUGGUACUCCUCCUCAGUGGAACAAAAAACAUGGUCAAAGACAAGUUACCCUUGAAAUUUGAAGCCCAAAUAGAAAUCUUUGAUCAAAGGUGGACAGGUGUUGCUGAGAUACCAAUCAAAUACUUCCCACAAAACGUCACUAAGUUCAAUGCCUAUGCAAUACACGGAGCUGAUGAGGGGAGGACUUAUGAGGCACUGUAUCCAGCACCAACUGGAAAAUAUAAAGAACCAGAUUUUCACCGUUUGGAGUAUUUUCAACCGAUCAACUUCCAGGAGUUGGUGCCGAGUAGUGCGUCCGGUUUCUGGAACUCGAAGAGCGUCAUGGACUUGUGAAGGGUUAAUACGUAUUCGGUUUUACGAAUAGUUUUCUUUUUUUCGACAAGAUGAAGGUAUGGUCUGACAUCUCUGUCUUCAUCGUGAGGAGGCCAACAGUCGGGCUGGGAUCCCCGUUUUGCAACUUCUGCAAAUUCUGGCAACAGCACCCUCGAAACCUGCGUAUUUGACUAUACCAUGGAGGUACCACGGCAUAGAUUUAGCUUCACUGACAUGAGGUUAAAUGUACAGCUUGUAAAAAAGUGUGCCAUAUCUCGCCUAAUGGACACAGCAGAGAGUAGGAAUGCCAAUGGUAGCAACCACUUGCAAAAGAGGGAUCUUUGCCUGACUGGCCUGGUCAAGUGUGACAUAGAUUAUCUUCUCGGGGGCUGUUGACAGGAAUAUCUUAAUGGGAGUCGAAGUGACUAAUAUUUACAGGGUCUUGGCUUGGUUUGACUUGUGCCAAUGUACUUAUGUGAUGGAGAGAUGGAGAGAUGGAGAGACACCCCAAUUGUUGACUCUGUGUUACUCAAUCUUGCAGAGGUCUUACCCAUAUGGCUACUCCUGUCUUCAGUCUCCAUUAGAUGCCCUACAUUAUAGUGUGCCAUAAACAUUUCAACCUUUACAUAUUGAAUUCACAUGCCUACAAUUCGGCCUUGUGCAUUCAUAUAUUUACACCCUUUUGCAAUUUGCAGCCGAGGCCCAGGCCUUCGGGCCUCUUGUUACAUGGUGUGCAACCAACACUUGUCACAUAUCCUUUUAAGUUUAGAAAUCACUCCUUUCUGCCUUGUUACACAAAACGUCCCGUACCCUAUUGACGCAUUGACAGAAGCUUGCUUUCUGCCCAGUUGUUUAUCUAUUAUAUGGAGUGUUUUAAACCAGUUUACGAUACAUGUAUUUGAUGUGAUGUUGAGGGGGGAGGGGGGGGGGGGUAGAUUUGUUGUGUGUUGUUAAAAGAUUAUAAAAGUUUACCUCUAUUGUCUCAUCCAUUGUUACAUUGGGUGAUGAAUAGUGUUUUCUAAACUGUCCGCUAUGUUCACAAUUUUGAUUUUAUUCCUGAAUGAAAAAACGAUUUUUCUCAGUCCUGCCCAGAAAGGUCAUUACCUUUUUAGCUGUGAAUGAACUUUCACGCUGGUUUUCAUUGUAGCAUUUCCUCUAACAUCAAUGCCACUUAAUUGUUGUAUCAAUUUUGUUGACUUUUCUCUGUCAUCGGCAGCAGGUUAUUAAGGGUUGCAUCUCCAUCAUAUGACGUCCAUGUCUUCAAAUCUGAGUUCUUCUUUGUUGUCGGCAGAUGAGGCCGAUUUGGAUGUUAUUUUACAUUUUAUACAACUUAAAGGGUAACUCGUGUCAAAUUUCACCGUAUAAUGUUUUAGCUUUUUUUGACAAAUGACUACGUCACUUUCUCAUAAAUCGGUAAGGUUUUCGAAUCGAAAUGCACAUUUUCUAGAAAUUGAUGGUUUAAUCCCGCCCGGACGGCUCGCUUCGAUGCCGUUGAAAUUGUGCUACGCCGACGACGUUUUCAUUGAUGACGUCACAACAUGAACAUUUUCGCGGUCGCAGUGGUUUACAUUUAGCGAUUUUAUGAUAAAUCUAAUCAAAAAUGGAAAAUUUGAGCUUUACAUUUGUGAUCAACAAUUAAAAACGGACGUAUUUCCGCAAAGUUGUAAAUCACAUCAUAGUAUCACUUUAAAUGACUGAGAGGACCAGUGGUCACUGCAUGGAAGAAAGCCUUCUACUGCACCCACUCACCAAUAAGAUCCCAAGCCCGACACUACCUGAUAUCUACUACC